CUGGAGGGUACGAGUGCGGGAUGUCCCUGAACACCACCUGUGAGAAGCCGCUUGUGGAGUUGUGCAUACUGGAAUAAAAUGCACGCAGUUAUAAAGCUGGGUUCCCAUAAAGGCCAGCGGGGACCAACGACCAAUCAGCGAAGAGCAAGCCAACAUCCAAUCAGAGUGAAGAAGGCCAGCGUCUCCGUGUUGGUGAUUGGCCAACAGCAAAAGCGGCAAUGUGAGUGUAAACUUGGGCGACUUGUUUUCGUAUUUGACUUCGUGUGAGUGUCAAGAACAGCAACGCCGCAGCCGAAAUAAGCCAACGGAGCUUGUCGGUAAACACACUCCACCAGAGCAGUGUGCACCAGUCAGAUAUUUUUAUUCUGCCACCUUCAAAUUGUUCAACAGAUCCCAGCGAUGUUCAUCUGGCUCGAACUCGCCAUGACAACAUGACGCCUGCUUCCAUUCCUCCUGGAGACGGCGGCUCAGGGCUUUAUCUUGACGCAAUUUGGCAUCCUCUUUUGCGUUGGCUCGGCCAUGCGGGCGGAGGCGAGUGACUGAAAAACAUACGCGAGGGCACUCGGAUGCGGAAAUAAAUGAAUCAUCUGUGAGUUUUGAAGGCUGACCGGCGCCCCAGAGAGACACUGAGGAUUAUCCACCUCAUUCGAUCCCAACACUGACACCCAUCACCGAGACCUGGCCCAUUUUGUACCUGUGAUGCUCCCGAAGGCCCCGCCUUGCCUCCAUAAAUGAUGCACAGAUGACUCUGCCACCUGGAGACGAGCAGCAGAAUGAAGAACAAGCAACAAGCAUCACCCAAACCCAAAGCACGUCAGGUUGCACACCGCCAAACGUCCAAAAGAGGCGGAAGAAGUCCAAGAGGAGAUACGUGUGGGUUAACUUGACAAACUGCAAGUACGAAAGCGUGCGGCGUGCCGCUCGGCGCUACGGCCUGAAAGUGGCGACGGACGGAGACGACUGGACCUUGAUGUGGUCCGACUGCUCCGUGUCUCUGGAGAGGGUCAUGGCCAUGAAGCAGUACCAGAAGAUCAAUCAUUUCCCCGGGAUGAUCGAGAUCUGCCGCAAGGACACUCUGGCCAGGAACUUGAACCGCAUGUUGAAGCUCUUCCCGAAAGACUACAACAUCUUUCCCAGGACGUGGUGUCUUCCCGGAGACUACUGCGACUUCCAAUCAUACACGCGCGUCCAAAAGCAGGCCACCUUCAUCUGCAAGCCAGAAUCAGGCUGUCAGGGACGGGGCAUCUUCAUGACAAGGUCCAGUCGAGACCUUCAUCCUGGAGAACACAUGAUCUGUCAGCUCUAUAUCACCAGGCCUUUAAUCAUGGACGGCUACAAGUUCGACUUGCGUAUCUACGUGCUGGUGACGUCAUGUGACCCGCUCAGGAUCUUCCUAUUCAAGGAGGGGCUGGCCCGCUUCUGUACCACCAAGUACCUGGAACCAGCGCUCAGCAACAUGGACGAGGUGUGCAUGCAUCUGACCAACUACUCCAUCAACAAGCACCAGGACAACUUCAUCCAUGAUGACCACACUGGCAGCAAACGGAAGCUGUCUACGCUCAUCCGGCAGCUGGAGGCGGAGCGCGCCGACGCGGCGAAACUAUGGGACGACAUCGAGGACAUAAUCAUCAAGACGCUGAUCGCCGUGCAGCCAAUCCUCAAGCACAACUACCACGCGUGCUUCCCACACCACGCCGCCACCAGCGCCUGCUUCGAGAUCCUCGGCUUCGACGUCCUGCUGGAUGAGCGCAUGCGGCCCUGGCUGCUCGAGGUGAACCACUCACCGAGUUUCACCACCGACUCGCCACUGGACCGCGAGGUGAAGGACGCCCUGCUGCUGGACACGCUGCUGCUCAUCAACUUGAACGCCUGCAACAGGAGCAGAAUCAUCAAGGAGGAGCGCAGGUGCUCCAAGGAACGUCUGCAGGCGAGCCAGUCCAGAGCGGCAAGGUCCGAGGAGCUGCACAAGUGCAAGGCGGCCUCGGCCCAGCAGAUGGAGAGAUACGAGAGCAAACAUCAGGGAGGCUUUAGGAGGAUCUUCCCCAGGGAAGGAGCAGACAUGUACGACAAGUUCUUCAUGCAGGGAAGUUCGCUUGUGCCGACCACGGAAGCUUCGAGAGCCCGACAGGAGUGCGGCAGGCAACUACGACAGGAGCUGCUUGACAGGCAGAGGACCGUGACCUUCGCCCGGCAUCGGGACUCUCAGGGCGAAACGGCAGGGGAGCGGCCCAAACGGCCCAAACCUCGAGCGGCACCGCGCAGGCCCGCCGCCACCUACCCGCCUCCUGCUGCAAUCAAAACCUGUGAGGUGGAAGAGGAGAAUGAUGAAGAGGAAGAAGAGGAACGGGUCAAGGCGCUGAUCCAGAGGAAGAAGCUGCUGCUGGACCUGGGCCUGGUCCAGCACAUCCGCCAGCUGCUGCAGCUGGAGGGCCGCAACGCCAACAAUCCCAGCCAGCACGGGCCGCGGGUCACGAAGCAAAAUUUAGCGCUGGACGCUUCGACGCCGCUUCCCUCAAAGGCCAAGGCAUCGUCCUGCAUUCUGACAUCCAGGCAGAGCUCGUUGAGGCCUUCGAGUACCAUCAAGAAUUUUCACACCCCACUUGAGACAGAAGGCAGCCAAAAAGUGAAAAACAAGGAAUGGACCAUGAAUGCUGUCAGGGUCCCUGGAGCAGGGCCCCGCUUGCAAAACGUCAGGAUCUCUGACCCACGGGCCCUCGUGAAGGGGGUCGCCAAAGGACGUUGCCCUUUAGCGCAACGCGACACGGCGAAUCUGCACGCGGGCCUCCUGGUUACCUCCACGCGCCCCCCGUUGCUCCGGAGACCUAGCCUUGCCCGAUGCCCCCCCACCCAGCACGGUGAGGGACCUUGAAGUGGGGGGGGGGGCGCCACCGGAGACCCAAUACGGCUCAUAAUUUCCAACAAAGUCAAAAUACACCUGAAGGAGUUUUAUUUUUAUGUUGCUUUUUUUCUGGGGGGGGGGGGUGCCAAUUAAAACACAAACAGACCUCAGGGCAUAAACCACUCACUGGGACUAGGGAAAUAAAUUCAUAUUUAAUUCAUAUGAAUUAAGGUCGUUAUUGCAGAAAUUGGUCUAGAAAUGGCCUUUCCAAAUUUGAUAAACAACUAAAAAAUGAAUUAAAUGGGGCAUUGUCGUCAUCAUGAGGCUAUUUCUAAUUCAAGAAAAUGUCGUCUUAUAUCGGAAGCACUUUCCGACUCGUGUAUCAUAUUGCAUUUUUUUCUUCCUACUCUGACCUUUUUUAUUAAAUGAAAAUCCACGUGGUAGCAUUUUGUCAGAGGCCAUAAAACUUUACAACGUUUGUCAGCUGCUUUGUGUGCGCUCCGAAAACAAACAAUAACAACAAAAACACGACAAAUUGGCCAAAACAACACUGCAAAAUACUAAAAAUGUAUUUUAAGUUUUUUAGAAAAUGACGGCUAAAUCGUCCUGUUUGAAACGAAAUCGAUUCUUGUGCUGCGCAAAACAUUUAAGAUUGCCUUUGUAUUUUUACUCAGCAAUUUUAAAAGAAAACGAAUAAAAAGAUUGCCCUCGAUGAGAAAAUAAUUCGGGCAUUCUUUAAUGAAAUAUGUUGUAACGAUAAUUCCACUUGAAUUAAUUAGCAUGCCGUUUCAGAUUUGACGUCUUUAUUUGCGAACAUUUUGACCUUAUUUCCUGGGAGUUUUAGGGGUGGGGGGGGGGGGCUUAAAAAAAGAAAGGGACACAAAGAUGGAAUGUGUUUCAGGAAUUUAUGGUUUUAUUGCGUGUGUAAAUUCCGGAAAUCCUCUUUCAUGCUGGCCCACGGCUGGAAAAGACAUUUGAGGUAAAUGAGAAGUCCAAAAUAUUGAGAAUUAUGAACAGAACAUUUUGAAGACAUCUACGGGGAAUUUAAUGCGAAUCCAAGCAGGAUGAACUUUUUGACUUUAACGGGAGAAAUGAAUUAAAUUUGAGAACUACAAGAAAAAAUAUCUGGCCUGAAGAAUUUGUGACUGGUGGAAAUAAUAGGAUUUUAAGAAGCCUUAAUUUUCGUUUUAUUAUUGUUUGGCUAUACUGAAUGUUUUUUUUUUUUACCUUUGCUUUGUUCAAAACCAAACCUUGAUGGCCGAUUCACCAUCUCCUGCACGAAAUGUCGAAAAUAAAACAAGUGACUCUUCCGUA